UGUUUGGUUUAUUGUGCGGUUUACCGGUAAAACAAGAAUAUAGGCAUAUAUGUUUACUAAGCGUGCAUGGAAUUGCAGUAAUCAUUAGUUUAGUGGGCUUAUGUGUCGGUUUCAAGAAUGGAAGGGGAUAUAAGGAAGGUAAAACAAGAACAUAGGCAUAUAUGUUUACUAAGCGUGCAUGGAAUUGCAGUAAUCAUUAGUUUAGUGGGCUUAUGUGUCGGUUUCAAGAAUGGAAGGGGAUAUAAGGAAGGCAAAUGGCUAUUAAAUUUCACUGGUUCUAGACAAAAAUAGAUUACCCCAUUAGGAAGGGGAGUGUUUAACGUGGUUGUUGGGUGUGGAAACCCCACUUAGUAAAACUUGGUUUAUAAAUAACAAAGCAAUGACAUGUGCAAUUUCAGUUAAGUGCUACGUGCGAGGAGGAGGAGCAAGCGUACUUAACAUCUUGAUACAGGGCCCAUAUAGGUCGUGGGAUAUUUCAAGUCGACCGAACUGAGUAAUAGAGGUGAGUGUAAAUGGGGUAAAUUCUACGCCUUACGUAUUCUUUUAAGUUUUAUGAUUUUUAAGUAUUUUAGCGAAUUGGUUACCGUUGCUUGGUUAUGUUUAUGAUUGAUUAUUUGUGCUUUGCUUGAGCUAUGAUUUGAGGUGAUUUUGUGCUAUUUGAGGUGAUAUGAGAUGAUUUUGUGCUAUUUACCUUAAAGCGUUAUGUUUGAGUUAUUGUUAAAGUUUAAAGUACAAGUUCUUUUUAAGAAGUAACUCACCUUCAAGAAGGUGAAGUAGUUUUAACUGUUUUUAGUCACUAGCGUCAGUCCGUUGCCUUUUGAGACAUUUUGAGAUAGAGCAACAGUUAUGCUCUUGAGACUUUUAAGACGAGCAACAGUUAUGCUCUUGAGAAUCGUGGUGAAGAGCCACCACGAUAAGUUUAAGAUGUUAGGGGGAUGAAUCGUUACGACUCCCCUAACUAAGUUUAAGUUUAAGGUAAGCCCGGAUGGCUUCUCAUACGUAUGAGUUGGCAACCAGACUAGCUAGUGAGGGAUCCCCGUGUCAGUCAAGAAUUUAAGUGGAGGUUUGAGUUUUAAGAGUACAGUUUCAAGAGUCAAGAUUUUUAAUAGUGUAGGUACAAAACAACUUCCACUAAGUUAAGUGAUCAUGUAUUAAUAAGAUGUUAAACGUAAGGGCGUAGACUGACCCCAUCUCACUCACCAGUUUGAAGAGCUAGAGUAAGAGCUAGAGGAGCAUUUAGUGAGCAGCGAAUUCGAGGGCAGGCAGCUAGAGGAGGGCAGUAUAAGCGUCACAGAGGAUGCUUAGUCAAGAUUUCAGUAGCAACAACAUUAGAGAUUAUUAGUUAUUUACAUUUAUGAUUAUGAGUAUAGACUGGAGAUCAUUUUGAGAUUUUAAGUAUUGAGUUUGCCCAUGUGUUAGGGCGUUGCUUUGAACUACAAGUGCGUGUUUUCAGUAAAUUUUAUUUAGUAAAACUUUUUCCCAGUUGCAAUUUAAGAUUUGAGUAUUUUAUUUAUCAAGGGAAUUUUAGUAAAAGUAGUACCCGGCCGGGUUAGGGUGUUACAGGUUCUACAUAAGAGGUUUGUGUGCGGUUCUUGCUAGGAAUGCGAAAUGAAGUGUAGUGUUGGAGUGAGUUCCUAAAAAAGAGAGCAUUGGUCGUUAAAUGUUUAGGUGGCAAGUGUUUUUACUCUCUAGUACCCCCUCUCAAAAAGAAGAAAGAAAAGAAAAAAGAAAAAGAGGUAAUAAAAUGGGGUAAAUAAAGUAGAGAGUGCCACGAAAAACCAAAGUACAUGCUCUAGGAGGGGUUUCUUGUCACCCAAGCCAUCGAAGUUCUAGGAUUCCUUCACUACCAAACCUUAUUGAGCUAGCAAGAGUUAACGGAGGAAGAGUGCUUCAAUGUAGUUCAUUAUGGGUGAUAGUUGGAAGGGAGAGAUAAGGUUUUCGGCCGAUGCUAGUGGCCUUUGAUUGAAGAGAAGGGUUUUAGUCGAAACCAUAGAACCUUCGGGUUUAGGUUGAAGAUGUAGAACCUCAUGUCAUGAUUACCACCACCCAAAAAGCCUUUUUCCCAUGUCCAAGACAAUCGCCAGUCAUCUGAACCCGUGUCUAAGACCUCCGGACGAGCUAGUGGUGACAAUGAUAAACCAAUAAUUACACAUGUUUCUACCCCUAUUCUUGAGCCGUUUGAGAUGUCGAUUACCGCGUUUUAGGCCGAUUUCACGCUAGGUUGUUUGUGUUUGUGAUAUUUCAGGUCCUAGCACAUGAAUGAAGGCCUGGGAACGAGUUCGGGGUCGAUUGGACGAAGAUUGGACGUUUGGCGAGAAGCUGGGAAGCCACACGGGCACCAUUGCACCUCACACGGCCGUGUAGGGGCCCCUUGUGUCCGUGUGAAGGCUCUGUAAAAGCCACACGGGCAGCCUGGGGAGCCACACGGCCGUGUGGCCUCUGCCCUUGCAGCUUGCCUGGUUGCCCACUAAUUGAAACGCCCCGUUUGGACACUCACACGGGCAGCUGGGAAAGUCACACGGCCGUGUGGCCUGGCCGUGUGAGUCGGGAAUCUCUGGUUUUAAGCCAAAUUUCGAGCCAAAGGAGAGGGAGAGCUGGGUUUUGGUUCCCAAACACCCAAGGGACGAACCCUAGAGAGAGAGAGAGCGACUUGGGAACAUUCUUGGAGCUAUUUUGGAGGAUUUCUUCGCCAUUGGAGCUCGGGACUCAAGCUUGGAGAUGGAGAUUGAAGAUCUAGAUCAUAUUUCUGCAGUCUCUCUCUUCUCUAUGGAGUAACUUCCCUUCACUUAGGUUUUGAGGAACCCUAGUUCCAAGUGUUAGGAUCUUUCUUGUAUGAAGUUUUGGAUGUUAUAUUGUUUGAUUAUAAUCGAUUGAGGCAUGAUUUAUUGAGUCAAUUGAAUCUUGAUCAAAUUCUCUUGAUUUCUGCUUUAACCUAUGAUAGAUAGAAUCUGAUUAGGUUAAGAGAUCUUCCUUGAUUGAUAGUGGUGAAUUGGUUGUGCGAGAGUCAAUCAAUUCACUGCUUUGUACUGGAAUUCAUUCCAGUAGUGGAGAUCUGUGUGAAUCGCCUUAGCAGUCUACCCCGGUGAAGGCUAGUCGCAUGCCGGGUAUUCUGUCUAAGAGGGCUUGGUCAGCUUAAGAGAUUCCAAGCUAAUUAGGAUCUUCCGCAGUUUAAUCAACAGUAGACCAACCAAAAGUAAUUGCAACUUGGACCUAAUUGAGGAGCUAGGGGGAAUCAUACCUAAGUGAGUUCCCAACUUGUAAUUAGUAGAGUAGUUAGUAGAGUAGUUUAGUAAAUCAAUCCUUAAUCUAGUUUGCUAGAUAAUGAACUGAAGCUGAGUAAUAGUAACUCUAGAGACCCGUGGAUUCGAUAUUUAUUACUUGUGCCACUAUAUUGCAGUCCCAUUCUGCGAUUACGCUUGGUCGCAGUUUGGUGUUGUGUUUUGGCGUGUCAAGUUUUUUACUUUCUAGAAGAUUAGGAAAGGCAGAAGUUUGUUACUUUAGCGUUUUCUUUUCCACCCUUGCUUUUCACUUGGGUGUUUUUUGUUUUUGUUGGUGCAGAUCUGAAUCAUGGAUCCUCAUGGCUUCUCCAACCAUUGGGGGUAUCCACCACCAUCCAAGUGGCAUUACCCCGAGACUCCCUGGAGUAAUCAAGGAGGAGAAGACUAUGAAUUCAGGUUCCAGUACCAACACCCUUACUACGGAGAACAAUCAGACCCCUGGGCAUAUCAAGAAUAACCUCAUUACCAAGAAGACUUUCUCCCACAACCAGAAGGGCCAUCAGAGCUGGAGUUAGCCAUGGAGGCCUUCACGGGCCACUCUGCAGAUCCAUGCUACACUUCACUGGAAGAUCCGAACAAACAAUUAAGGCUUCUCGUGUAGCAGUUUGCUCGAGACACUGAGAGAUCAUGCUCCAAGAUGGAUCUUCAAAUCAAAGCCCUUGCCCCUUCCGAUCCCUCAUUUCUCCAUGAAAUGGAGGAGACUGUUCAGCGCUCAGCAAAGCAAACAGAGUGGGUGGAGCAAGUUUGCUCACAUCUUUCUCAAGAUCACCUUUCUGCUACCACGCUAGAAGAGGUGGAGGAUGACAAAGGCUACGGGGAUGUUGAGGAGCAUACAGAAGUUAUCACAGAGAACUCCCAUGAUAAUCAUGAUCAGGAAAGUCCUCUGGUUGCAGAUCACACCUUUCCUUAUUUCUGCUCUAACAUGCUGGGCCCGAGCAAGGAGAUGCAAGAUGAUCUCAUUGAAGAAAUUACAUGGCGACUUGCUCUCCAAUCUGUGCUAGAAGAAGAAGAAGAGCAAGAAAGGGUGCAGAAAGAAGUUGUGGAGGAUGACGAAAGUGAAGCAGGAGGAGUUCUUGAUCAUUUCCCAGGGGUGAUACCACAUGAAGAAGAAAGGGGGGUUGAAGAAGCAAUUGGCGUCCAGGCUGAGGACGGAGUUAAGGUGGAAGAGGCAUGCACCGACCAUGAGUUACAUGUGAUAUCUCCACCAAAAUUCGAGGAGCUGCUUGGCAAGGACCCAUUUGCAGUGUCUCUUUUCCAGACCAAGGCCACGUCGACAUCGGUCCCUCUUGGUGGAAGCGAUGGUGGCCAAUCGAUGCUGUCAUAUCUGGUUUGGGGCAAUGAGACGAGAGAAGAGAAGAAGAGGUCUCGAGGGUGGAGACUUCAUCUGCAUCAAGUGCAUGAGCCUUCAUCACCUACCACACCACAUGCUCGUGACUUGAGACUCCACCUCAUCGACGAGAACCUCAACUUCAAGGAGGUUUUGGGGUGGACCGAAACUUAGGAUCCAUCGUCCGGCUCACGACGUGAAAGAAGCGCUUGUUGGGAGGCAACCCAACCAGUCGGUUUGCAUUUCUUUCUCUAUUUCUCCUCGGUUGAGUUAGUUUUGUUAUUUGAUUUUAGAUUAAAUAACUCAACCUUUGUGAGAUUUUGUGUGGUGUUUGUGUCCGACUACUCUCUCCUCCUGGAAUGCACCGCCUGCCUCGUCCACCAUCAUUCACCCUUGAUCUAGUAACUUCGUUCUACCCUCCUUAUCUUUCCUCCAUUGAGGACAAUGUCGUGCUUAAGUGUGGGGGGAUGUUCAAUUAUGUAUGUGGGUGAAUGUUUGGCUGUUUGUGUGCUUGGAGCCUAGUCCACUGUCCAAAUUUUUAAACUUGAGGGCUCCAAGUACGUAUUUCCUUGCAAAUUUCCUGCUCAGUAUGCUUUGAAUUGACAGUAUCUAUAGUAAUGUGCAACCUAGGGAGGUAGUGUAGCACUAUGGAGGAUGUUGAAGUAUAAUAUUUUUCCUAUCUAGCUCUCUGCUAUGCCAGUUGAUUAUGUGAAUUAGUGGAGCUAAGACCGUUGAAUUCAUGUGGUAAUGGUGACUCUGUUUGGAUUGUGUUAUGGACUCGUGUAUCGAACAGGGUGCUCAUGUGAAAAAUGAAAAGCAGUUGGUCCUGCAUGUCGAAAUCAUUAAAUCUUAAACAUGGGGUAAGCCCAACGUGUGUGGCACCGUUCAUUGCACAAAAUCGGGUUUUGGAGGAGAUUUUAGUGAUCCUUAGUGGGGUACUCCUACAAGGUGAAGCUAAGCUGUCUCCAGUACAAGUAAAACUUCCACCCGUUGAACGGUUUGCCUACUUGAGGAUGUGUUUUUAAGGGCACGGAUAGAGCUUCUGACCCCCCUUAAUUUCAUUGACCCUCCACACGAGUUGAGGAAAAUGAGUUAAAAGAAGUACUCUGGCGAGCUCCAGAUGUACAAAAAUUGCUCUUGCUCGACUAAUAAGGUUCGACCGUGCAAAAUAGUGCAGUUGGAACCCCCACCAAGUGUAAAAAGAAAAAAAAAGUAAAAUGAAAGUGAAAAAGGGGUUCCAGCGGUGAAAUGAAGUGAAAGAGCACCCCGGUACAACGAGUCCUUGGUUGUGAAUGUUGUGAGUCCCUUUAUCCAUGAACUGAUUGUCUUACUUCUACUUCUUCUCAUGAUCCUGGCUUGAGUCUAGUACUCGCAUUGAGAGAGAUAGGGGACGUCUUAGAAGACCAGUUGACCUCGUAAGCUGCUUUAUGAUCUAGAAAAUCCUCUACCUACGAUCGGUGUUGUUUGUUGCUAUAGAGGUCUGGAAAGCUGCAUUGGUUUGAGUUAGAUUUGCUUGGGGACAAGCAAACGGUUAAGUGUGGGGGAGUUUGAUAGACCAAUAAUUACACAUGUUUCUACCCCUAUUCUUGAGCCGUUUGAGAUGUCGAUUCCCGCGUUUUAGGCCGAUUUCAUGCUAGGUUGUUCAUAUUUGUGAUAUUUCAGGUCCUAGCACAUGAAUGAAGGCCUGUGAACGAGUUCGGGGUCGAUUGGACGAAGAUUGGACGUUUGGCGAGAAGCUGGGAAGCCGCACAAGCACCAUUGCACCUCACAAGGCCGUGUAGGGGCCCCUUGUGGCCGUGUGAAGGCUCGGUAAAAGCCACACGGGCAGCCUGGGGAGCCACACGGCCGUGUGGCCUCUGCCCGUGCAGCUUGCCUGGUUUCCCACUAAUCGAAACGCCCCGUUUGGACACUCACACGGGCAGCUGGGAAAGUCACACGGUCGUGUGGCUUGGCCGUGUGAGUCGGGAAUCUCUGGUUUUAAGCCAAAUUUCGAGCCAAAGGAGAGGGAGAGCUGGGUUUUGGUUCCCAAACACUCAAGGGACGAACCCUAGAGAGAGAGAGCGACUUGGGAACAUUGUUGGAGCUAUUUUGGAGGAUUUCUUCGCCAUUGGAGCUCAGGACUCAAGCUUGGAGAUGGAGAUUGAAGAUCUAGAUCAGAUUUCUGCAGUCUCUCUCUUCUCUAUGGAGUAACUUCCCUUCACUUAGGUUUUGAAGAACCCUAGUUCCAUGUGUUAGGAUCUUUCUUGUAUGAAGUUUUGGAUGUUAUAUUGUUUGAUUAUAAUCGAUUGAGGCAUGAUUUAUUGAGUCAAUUGAAUCUUGAUCAAAUUCUCUUGAUUUCUGCUUUAACCUAUGAUAGAUAGAAUCUGAUUAGGUUAAGAGAUCUUCCUUGAUUGAUAGUGGUGAAUUGGUUGUGCGAGAGUCAAUCAAUUCACUGCUUUGUACUGGAAUUCAUUCCAGUAGUGGAGAUCUGUGUGAAUCGCCUUAGCAGUCUACCCCGGUGAAGGCUAGUCGCCUGUCGGGUAUUCUGUCUAAGAGGGCUUGGUCAGCUUAAGAGAUUCCAAGCUAAUUUAGGAUCUUCUGCAGUUUAAUCAACAGUAGACCAACCAAAAGUAAUUGCAACUUGGACCUAAUUGAGGAGUUAGGGGGAAUCAUACCUAAGUGAGUUCCCAACUUGUAAUUAGUAGAGUAGUUAGUAGAGUAGUUUAGUAAAUCAAUCCUUAAUCUAGUUUGCUAGAUAAUGAACUGAAGCUGAGUAAUAGUAACUCUAGAGACCCGUGGAUUCGAUAUUUAUUACUUGUGCCACUAUACUGCAGUCCCAUUCUGCCAUUACGCUUGGUCGCAGUUUGGUGUUGUGUUUUGGCGUGUCAGACAACCAUCCCGUGAACGCUAGCGUUUAGAGGUUUCCGCCUUGGUAUUGAGACAAUAGGGCCGAGAGGUUAUGAUUGUGCACAUCUUUUGCACCCAAAAGGUCCCGACCCCACUGGUCUUGAGAGUGAGUGAUUCAUUCUUGUUUUACUUACCAUUUCAUACCCCGGUGAGGACCUUUGUUGCCUUUCCAUUUGUUCCACGGACUUGAAUUCCAUGCACGGUUGGUUGUGGUCGAUAAGUGGUUUUAUUGAGAAUUGCAUUUAUCAAUGAAUAAGUUGAGAACUU